CUACCUAUUCUCAACCUUAAGACUCUCAGCCCACACACACACUAACUCUUGACCAGUGAGUGACUGAGUGGGUGAGCUCUCAACAAACGAUGGCUACCUCCACCGCUCUCAUCUCCUCAACCCCAUCUAGGGCUUUCUCCUCCAAAUCCACGCCUCUCGUCGCUUCUUACUCCGUUUCCAAGCCCAUCUCCCAAACCCUAACCUUCCCCAAAUCCUUCAAUGGCCUCCGCCUGCCACGCGUCGCCCACUCGGUUUCUCUCUCCCGCGGAGCUCAUUCCAGAAGGUCCUUCCUUGUCAAAGCUUCUGUGGAUGAGCUUCCUCUGGUUGGAAACGUAGCUCCUGAUUUUGAGGCUGAGGCUGUUUUCGACCAGGAAUUCAUCAAGGUCAAGCUCUCUGAAUACAUUGGGAAGAAAUAUGUGAUUCUGUUUUUCUACCCACUAGACUUCACAUUUGUUUGUCCCACAGAAAUCACUGCUUUCAGCGAUCGUCACGCCGGGUACAUUCCACAACAAAGUCAAUUUUCUGCUUACAGACGUGUUAUAACCUUGUCCAAGGUUUUGGUCUACUGCACCAUAUUGCAAAAGUUUUCGCACCUUGCAUGGGUCCAAACAGAUAGGAAGUCAGGAGGACUUGGUGAUUUGAACUAUCCAUUGAUCUCUGAUGUCACCAAAUCAAUUUCAAAAUCCUAUGGUGUGCUGAUCCCGGAUCAGGGAGUUGCAUUGAGAGGACUUUUCAUUAUUGACAAGGAAGGUGUCAUUCAACACUCCACCAUUAACAAUCUUGCCAUUGGCCGUAGUGUGGAUGAGACUAAGAGAACGCUCCAGGCCUUGCAGUACGUUCAGGACAAUCCUGAUGAAGUUUGCCCUGCUGGUUGGAAGCCUGGGGAGAAAUCCAUGAAGCCAGACCCCAAGCUCAGCAAAGAGUACUUCUCCGCGAUAUAGUGGUAGCACACUGCGUAUCUAUGUUGGAUUCAGAUAGGGAGUUGUAAACGAGUUUUGUAUUUGUGUAAUGUCUUUUUCAGUUCUUGGUAAUUUGAGCAGCAGCCUGUCACAAUAAACCCAAUGAAUGGGACUUACCCAGAUUUUCAGAGAAUUCAAGUACCCCAGCCGUUUUAUCGUGUUAAUGUUCAUAUGAUAUGGUCCAACUGGGUCAAAAGCCUAGGAGCUUGAUGCACCAUAAUAAUGCAGUUAAAAAUUACAAUGGUGUGUAGGUUUUAAGCAGGAAAGUUUAUUUGGCACCGUGGAAGCAGGCUGAGGCUAUGUAAGUGUAUUUUUUCCAAGUAAAUUAUAAGAUGGAGAGAAUAAUCGUC